AUGGCAUCAGCAAGAAGAGGACGCAAAAGCGUCAAGAAGGGUCUCCAAUUCACCGUUAUGGUUGUCGGUGCAUCUGGUACAGGACGUACUACUUUCGUAAACACGCUCUGCGAAUCUGAAGUUCUCCAACACAAAGCAAACGACAGCCCAGAAACAGCACACAUCGAGGAGGGUAUCAAAAUCAAGCCACUCACUGUUGAACUCGAUGAGGAAGGUUUUAGAAUCGCACUCACUAUCGUAGACACUCCUGGUUUUGGUGACAACAUCAACAACGAAUCAAACUUCCAAGAAAUCGUUGGUUACCUUGAACGUCAAUACGAUGACAUUCUCGCUGAGGAGUCACGUAUCAAGCGUAACCCUCGCUUCCGUGAUAACAGAGUCCACGCUUUACUCUACUUUAUCCCACCAACUGGUCACUCAUUGAGAGAAAUGGAUAUUGAAUUAAUGCGUAGAUUAUCCCCACGUGUUAAUGUCAUCCCUGUCAUUGGUAAAGCUGACUCUUUGACUCCAUCUGAGUUGAAAACUUUCAAAAAGCGCGUCAUGGAAGAUAUCGAACACUACGAAAUUCCAAUUUACUCUUUCCCAUACGAUGUCGAAGAGGAUGAUGAGGAAACAGUCAUGGAUAACUCCGAAUUGAGAGCUAUGCUUCCAUUCGCGAUCGUUGGUUCAGAGGAGGAGAUGACAAUCGAUGGUGAAGUCGUUAGAGCUCGUCGUUACCCAUGGGGUGUCGUAAACGUCGAUGACCCAGCUCACUCAGAUUUCUCAAGACUGAGAUCUGCUCUUCUUAGCUCACAUUUGACUGAUUUGAAAGAAAUUACUCAUGACUUCUUAUAUGAAAACUACCGUACUGAGAAGCUCUCACGCACUGCAACUGGCGAUGGAUCACAUUACCCAAUUGGAAACUCAUCAUCUAUGGGUUCAAAUGGUGAAGACCCAGAAGCUGUUCGUUACAAGGAAGAGCAAUUACGUAGAGAAGAAGAAAAGUUUAGAGAAAUUGAAUUACGUGUCCAACGUGAAAUUGCUGAGAAGAGAGCUGAAUUAGCAGCAAAGGAGGAAAACCUUCGUCAUCUCGGUGUCGCUUAG